AGCGUCGCCGCGACGCGUCGAAAGAUCCCGAGACGCGAUCCCGAGAAGAAAAUAGGAGAACGUACGAGGGCGAAGAGAACAGCCAAGAGAACAAUAACAAAAAUGAGAAUGACGAUAACUCGGGGAUUCGGGGCACGUUGAUCGGGCCGGUGACGAUGAGAAAAAUCACGUGACCAAAAAAAAAAUUUUGUAAAAAAAUCGUAAUGUCCUCUCGCAGUCGUACCUAUCGCAAGAAUUCAACGGGACGCUCAGAUUCGUUGAUGCGUGUGCGUCGCGACGUCCUCGUGCAAGUGUCGCGACGCUUACGUCUUCGCGGACACUCGUGAACGGAAGGAUGAGACCGAUUAGUCCCGAAACCGUACAGUUAAUAAUAAUGCAAACAUACGGCUUCCCAUCAUAAAAUGACACGGUACCACCGUGCCAGCCUGAUACUGCUCUUCCUCGGUACGACGUACCUCCUGCGCGCGGAGACGUCGUCGUCCAGGGACGUCCGACUGUCUAGCAAGGAUGCGGAGGGUACACGCUUUACCAAGGACACGGUGCAGAACGUGACGACGGUGGUCGGGCAGACGGCGCUAUUGCCGUGCCGAGUGAAAAAUCUACGCGAACGGACUGUAUCCUGGAUGCGAAAGCGUGAUCUGCACAUCCUGACCUCGAUGAGCUUCACGUAUACGAGCGACGCCCGAUUCGCGGUCCAGCAUCCGCAGGACUCCGAGAUUUGGGAUCUGACGAUAAAGUACGUGCAGCCCAGGGACGCGGGUGUCUACGAGUGCCAGGUUAACACGGAGCCCAAGAUACACCUGGCAGUAAGCUUGAACAUCUUAGACGUCGCAGCGAAGAUCUGGGGUCCUCAGGAGGUGUACGUAAAGAAAGGAAGUACCAUAAGUCUGACCUGCACGGUGAAUGCCCAAGACGUACCGCCGGGUAACCUGACCUGGUACCACGCUGGUUCCGUGAUCGAUUUCGAUGGACCCAGAGGUGGCGUCUCCUUGGAAACGGAAAAAACGAAAAGUGGAACGACCAGUAAGCUCCUGGUGACGCGAGCUUUACUCAAGGAUAGCGGAAAUUACACGUGCUUCUCCAACAGAGCCGUACCCACAAGCGUAACCGUGCACGUUCUGAAUGGAGAGCACCCUGCAGCCAUGCAACACGGUUCCACCGGUCAUCCAGACUCCGCGCUGACCCUGAUCGCCCUCCUGGCAAUCCUGACGACGAUAAAUCUCGACUGACCGAGAAAGUCGCCCGAUUGCAAACAGUGCCCAUAAACUGUUUCCUGUAUGAUAGUGUACGAUAAUCUGGCGUUCUGCGAGAAAUGAAAAAUAAAAUUAAAAAAACCAAAAAAGCAAAAACUAAAAACGCUUCGGCAAAGCAUCGCAGAAGGACGUGACGUCAGCGCUAUAAGAUUCUUAGUGUACGAACGAGCGUCCAAUUUCCGGAUGACGUAUAUGAUAAGUACGUGUACGUAGUAUUCUGACGUUUCCAGGAUAUCCCCCUCCCCCCACCACCCCCACGUGUAAACGUAAAGGGCUCGCUCGUGUGCAAUUGCGUGAACGUGUGGACACGGGGUGUAUCAAGGUGGUUCCUAUGGGGAUUGGACAGGCGGGAGGGGUCUCAUUUCAUGCAAAUCGACCGCCAGUAAGUCCCCCCAUCUCGGCCCUCCUGCAUAUACAUACGGAGUGGGCUUAGGCGUAUGUAAAUGCAUGCGGAUGCUGGACAGGACGGUUUGCAUCUAAUUCGUAACAAGAAGUGGUCCAGGGCGAAUGGGCAAUACGAAUGCGUAUGCCGUCGCCAAAUCUACCGAUUUGAAGGCGACAGAGCAAGCCCUAUGCGAGACAAAUGAAAGAGACGAUUAUACAUAUGUAAUGAGAACGAUGAGAAUUUGUACAUAAUAAAAGAAAGAAAAAAAAAGUUAAUUUAGCCAUCAGUGAGUGGAGGAGAAAAUGACGCAACUGUAAU